AUGCGAUCACGAUGCCACCGGAAUGUGGUGCAUGCGCUCGAACGAACGCAGCAGACGUCCUUGCUCCGGCUGCGACCGCAACCCCUGAAGAAAUGGUCGUGUGCACAGAAAUGCUACGCGUCGACGGCCGUGGCUGCGGACGUGGCAACACACCAUCGGCCACGGCUGUUGGCAGUCUCGUCAGAAGCCCGACACAACGAGAUUGGCGUGCAGCAAGUCAGCGCACACAUCCAUCCGCAACUGUUCCCCACGGCGACCGCUCCCAAACCCGACGCCGAAUUGGUCUCCUUGUCGAAAGAUCAUCUUGCACGGCAUGAGCUGCUGGGAAAGACGAGUGACAAUGCGUUGCCCAUCGGCUUUGACUUGCCUACCUUGCAUGGUGCCUCGCUGGACGAGCACUUCUACCGCUUAGGCAUGGACAGUGCAGAACCAUUCCUGAGUCUGUCGAAGAAGUAUGCUCGAGCGUCGCCACCACCGAAACCGCGCCAAUGGGUGCAGAGAAGUGGCUGGACGAAGUACUACGAAGAUGGGAGCUCCGAAGCUGUAGCUGCGCCGGAUGCUGAUGAGUUGACAUUCGAUACCGAGGUGAUGUGGCAUGAGACUAGCUUCCCUGCUAUGGCGUGCGCUGUCUCUGCGACUCACUGGUAUGCUUGGCUAUCGCCGUGGCUACUGGGAGAAAGUGAGAACGACAGACAUUUGAUACCUCUGGGUGACCCGAAUCAGCCUCGCAUCAUCAUUGGACACAACAUCAGCUACGACAGAGCUCGUGUUGCCGAGGAAUACAGCUUGGAGCAAUCGAACAACUUCUUCAUGGACACCAUGAGCUUACAUGUUGCCGUGAACGGUAUGUGCAGUAGACAGCGCCCGACGUGGAUGAUGCACCGCAAGGAGCGUGAAAUGCAGGAUAAGAUUGCUGCCGCGGACGAAAGUGUUGAUCUCGCUUCGCUUCUGGACAACAGAGAAAGCUUCGAUGAAGAAGAAGAGCUCUGGGUCGGCAGAUCAUCCGUAAACAGUCUGCGAGAUGUUGCAAAGUUCCACUGCGGUAUCACAAUCGAUAAAGCAAGACGAGAAUGGUUUGGUGAAUUGGAUCGUGAUGGUGUAGUCGAGCGACUGGACGAGUUGUUAGACUACUGUGCCGCUGAUGUGGAGAUCACACACAAAGUGUACAAGAAGGUCUUUCCGCUAUUCCUGGAGACAUGCCCUCAUCCAGUCUCGUUCGCGGCGCUCAGACACAUGGCAUCGGAGAUACUUCCUGUUAACAAAAGCUGGGAAGCGUACAUCGCAAAUGCGGAGGCAACAUACCAGAAAUUGUCAAGCGGUGUGACGGAGCGGUUGGUAGAUCUCGCGGACAAGGCGCUCGAACAUCGAACCAGUUCGGGCGUUUACGAGAAAGACCCCUGGUUGUGUCAGCUGGACUGGAGCGGCCAGGAGGUACGAAUGGUGAAGGGCAAGAAGAAGGGCGAUCCUCCUCGACCAGCUGCACGACAGAAGAAGCCUGGCAUGCCGCAAUGGUACAGAGGCUUGUUCGCAAGGAAUGACGCCGAUAUUGCUCUCACUGUUCGAACUCGAAUCGCACCUAUACUGCUGAGGCUGGCUUGGGACAACAAUCCACUGGUGUGGUCCGACAAGUACGGCUGGACUUUCAAAGUGCUGCAUGCCAAUGCAGGCAAGUACCAUGAUCAGUCGAUGACCAUGUGCAAUAUUCUGGAAGAAGAGGACUUUACCCUUCGCGACGAUCUCGAGCAUACCUACUUCAAGCUUCCACACAAAGAUGGACCUGACGCCCGAUGCACGUCGCCAUUGGCAAAGGGCUACUUGAAGUUCUUUGAGAGUGGGACUCUUUCCUCCGAAUACGCGUAUGCAAAGGAAGCGCUGGAGAUGAAUGCAUCGUGCUCGUACUGGAUCAGCGCUCGCGACAGGAUCACGUCACAAAUGGUUGUAUAUGAGAACGAACUCCCUGAUGCGCCAUCACCUGAAAGCGAGCUUGGUUACAUCUUGCCCCAGGUAAUCCCGAUGGGCACAAUCACACGUCGAGCAGUGGAGAACACAUGGCUUACAGCUUCCAACGCGAAAAAGGACAGGGUAGGGUCUGAGCUGAAGAGCAUCAUCACUGCUCCUCCCGGCUACUGUUUCGUUGGUGCAGACGUCGACAGUCAGGAGCUGUGGAUUGCCUCCUUGGUUGGCGAUGCCAGCUUCAAGCUGCACGGUGGCAACGCCAUUGGCUUCAUGACGCUCGAAGGGACGAAAGCUGCUGGUACAGAUCUGCAUUCGCGCACCGCCAAGAUUCUAGGGAUAUCUCGCAACGAUGCAAAAGUGUUCAACUAUGGCAGAAUCUAUGGCGCAGGCCUGAAGUUUGCGCAGUCACUGCUACGCCAGUUCAAUCCGACUCUCAAAGAAGAAGACGCCAAAAGGAUCGCAACCAAUUUGUACCAAGAGACCAAAGGCACAUCUACCACGAAGAAGAUGCUCCACGAACGCAAGUUCUGGCGCGGUGGUACCGAGAGCUUCGUCUUCAACAAGCUCGAAGAAUUCGCUGAGCAAGAAAGACCCCGUACACCAGUCCUCGGAGCUGGGAUCACACAGGCCCUCAUGCGUCGUUACAUCAGCAAGGGCGGCUUCAUGACCAGUCGUAUCAACUGGGCCAUUCAGUCCUCUGGCGUUGACUACCUCCACCUACUGAUCAUUAGCAUGGAGUAUCUGUGCAAGAGGUAUAACAUCGACGCACGCCUGUCACUUACCGUGCACGAUGAGAUCCGCUACCUUGCCAAGAACGAAGACAAAUACCGCUGCGCGAUGGCGCUACAAGUCGCCAACGUUUGGACUCGAGCAAUGUUCAGUCAACAAAUGGGCAUCGACGACCUACCACAGUCCUGCGCCUACUUCAGCGCCGUCGACAUUGAUCACGUUUUGCGCAAGGAAGUCGACAUGGAUUGCGUUACCCCAUCACACCCUACCGCGAUACCUCCUGGAGAGUCACUGGACAUAUUGCAGAUCCUGGAAAAGGGCGAUGAAGCGUAUCUGGACCCUGCUGAGGUGCCCAAGACCGCUCCUCGACCAGAACGCUUCGACUACACCUACCGCCAGCCAGUGAUGGAAGGCUUACACAACGACAAUGCUCUUCCCUACCUCAAGGCACAGAUCGCAUCCACCCCAGCUGAGCUCAACAAGAUCAUCAAAGAGCUCAAGACGCCCGCGCCAAAGAACGCUUCGCCCGACGACAUGGGUGGUAAUGGAAGCCAAGGCGAGGGUGGUGCACUAAAACUUAAGCGCACCUCUAAGACUGGUGGUCGCAAGUCCAAGAAGUCCGAUGACCGUAACGCAGGUGUUCCCCUUCGAAAUGUUACGCAGUUGGCCAAAUUGGCACCGUGGGCGCCCGAGCCUGUAAUCCAUAACAGGUUUACGAACUGGUACGAUUAUACCAACAAGGACCACCAGCUGUCCAGGAGCUGGGGCAAUACUGCUGUUGAUGUUGGGGUCCCAAAACGAUUGCCUACUAUGACUUGA